GCGGAGGUGACAUUUGGCUCGAACACUUGAGAGCACCAUGAAGCCUGCGAUUGUCGGUCGAUGGCUUGUCGCUGUCAUCUUCGCCGCCGCCUCUUCUGCCCACGAUGCGUCCAUGGUCAUGGCUGACUCGUCGUAUGUGGUCCGCCUCCACGGAAGCGAGGCCGAAGCGCUUCGCCAAGUCAACACGAAGAGUCCGUUCGACGAUGCGCCUGGAGUCUCGACGCUGCCUGGAGAGCCGAUGCCCAUGACGGCCAGCAACGGGAAGCGAUAUGUGUGCUAUGUGCCCACGGUCUCGAGCGAAGAGCACGACCCUACGACAGACGUCAAGCAGACGCGCGUCGAGAUCGGUCGCGAGAUCGCCGAGAAGCUCCGCCCCAAGUGCCUCACGCACGCCCACGUGAAAUCGCACACGCUCUUCGAGGUGUGUCACUCCAAGUCGAUUCAUCGGGCAGACCUCGUCGACGAAACCCAACAUGCCGACCCCGCGUCGCGCGCCAAGGUCGCCGACUACACGUCGGAUGCGGAUCUCAAGCCGCUGGCCGAGUACACGCGCAUCAAGCCGUCGCCCAAGUCCCCCGAGGCGCAAUUCACGCCCGAGACGCUUCUCUACACGCAGUACUUUGGGCCAAACAUUGCCGUGCAGUUCGCGUGCUCGGAUACGCCUGCGCUUGCGUUUCUGGGCAUCCACGCGCCAACGCCGUCGUCGCCACUCACCGCUUUUCUCUUGGGCUCACGCUCGUUUUGCUUGGACAAGUACGCUGAGAGCGCGCUGGACUUGAGCGUCGACCACUUUCUCAAGCCACUCACGACCUCCAACACGUGCAUCAAGCGCACCGAAGGGUGGUGGACGUACGAAGUUUGCUUUGGCAACAAGAUUAGCCAGUUCCAUCGUGAACAGACGGGCGAAAUCACGGCCGAGUUCUCGCUCGGGCAGUGGAGCGCGGCGGCCAACGAUGCCCUCCAGGCCAACCACAAGGCCAUUCUCUCCGAGUUUAUGGACGGGACGCACGACAAGGAGCAGCCGGCGUACGAAGAGAUCUACGACAGCGGCACGCCGUGCGACGCCGUGGAUCGCACGCGGAUGACGCGCCUCUUGCUCUUUUGCCCGACGCUCAAGACGCAGCCUCCGUACAUCAUUAGCAUCCAGGAAACCUCGACGUGCAACUACAUGAUCAAGGUCGCGGCGCCGGCGGUGUGCGCCCACCCGCACUUUGCCAAGGAAGACCGGCGCCGUGCCGAGCUCUCCCAGACGAUCCACUGUGUGCCAGACGUCGACGAUGUCGACGAGGACGCCACUGACGACGCGCCGCCAACUGCACCCGUUUCGAACGCAAAGAGCCCGACGGCGGCGAAAGAUGAGCUCUAAGAUCAAAGAACAAAGUCCGGUGUUCGGAGCUCUGACCUCCAGCUCUGAGCUCUGAGCGCUGCCACGUCACGAGCGCCGGCAGCAAAUGGAGGAAAGUUAAAUAAGAGUCUCGGUUCCAAAUCCGCGGUCGUACAGUAUGACGCGGCGGAC